GCCUGAGGCUGGGAUCAGUCCAACACAAACCUUCAACGGCCAAGACUACGAAACGCACGGACUCCCGGCAAAGCCAAAAGCUAAAGCAUUAGCGCUUCUUCGAAAUUUUGUCUCCAUCGACGACAUCUCGUCCGCACGCCUUGCCCGCAGUCUUCCCAGUCUAUCUGUUCCAUCUCUUCACCUCCUCUAAUCGAAAUGCCGUCAAUAUGAGUGCGGCCAAGCGCUCCCGACGGCGGCAAUCCCCCGAAGCCAAAGCUGUCUCCCCUUCCGCCCUGCCUCCCUCCUCCAAGCGCUUGAAAACUACCCAGACCUCUCACGUCCCCGCUUCUACGAGCCUCGCCUUCCUUGUAGACGAAAAUGCAAGACACGGCAGAAAGCUCGAGGCCAGGCUUACGAAUGGCGUCCCGAGUUCGAGGGCAACACAAGUGGACGAGCCACAUGCGGUCGUGGCACCGGAUAUGAAAGAUGUGCAAGGCGAAGAGGAGGUCGGCAGCAGUGCCGAGAACGCCAUCGGCAUUUCAAGCGGGGAAGACAGCAGCGAAGAUUCUGACGACGACGAUGACGACGACGAGGUAGCCAAAGAGAAACUGGCGCCACCGCCCCUCCUGCACAAUCUCCACAACGGGCACUCGAUAGAUGGCCAUGGGAAAGACCGGACGGACGGGUUAGACGUGAUCGCUGGUGCGGAGCGCGCUGAGGCAGGCGAUGAUCAGGAGCAGGUGGAGGAAGAUGCGGAUAUGGAGGAACCGUCGUUUGGCGAAAUGCUGCAAGCACGACACCCCGAUCCAAUCGAUGUCCACGCCUCUCUCGCGAAUCCCAUGGCCGAUCGCCAAGCACUCGUUCCCCUAUCCGGCGAUCGAGUUCUCGCGGCACCUUCUGGAACAUCCCUUACAACCGUCCUCACCCAAGCCUUGAAGACCAACGACAAGGAUUUGCUAGAGAGCUGCUUCCACACUACCGACAUUCCCACCAUUCGAUCUACGAUCCAACGCCUACAAUCUCAACACGUGGCCACGCUGCUCCAACGACUGGCGGAGAGGAUUCAUAAACGCCCAGGCCGGACAGGCAGCCUGUUAACUUGGGUGGAAUGGUCACUCAUUGCGCAUGGCGGCUAUCUUGCCACCCAGCCCGAGAUCAUGCAGCAACUGAAGUCGUUGUCGCGAGUUAUCCGCGAUCGUGCGAAUGGUCUGCAGCCAUUGCUUCACCUGAAAGGCAAGCUGAAUCUGUUGAGUGCGCAAUUGGAGCUUCGGCGAAGUAUCCAGGCCGCCUCUCGAGCGGUUCAUGGCGAUAGCGAGGAUGAAGAUGAAGAGGGGGUUGUCUACAUCGAGGGCCAGGAUGAAGACUGGUCGGACAGCGAUGAAGACGCGGAAGCGGAGGAGAGGAGAAAAAAGUCGAAACCACACUCCGCCACCUCAAGAAGCUUAAAACCCACCGAUGAUGACACGCGGAAUGGAAUCGCGCAAGAAGCCGACGAUGACAGCUCUGAGGACGAAGAGGAAGCAGAAGGAUUGCUCGAUAUUGAGGCUUCCGAAACAUCCGACGACGACGAUGAUGAGGAAGACGACGCCGAUUCCGAGAUUGACGACUUAGGCUCGGAAGAAGAAGCAUCAGAUCUCUCCGACAGUGAAAGUGACGUCUCGGAUGCACCGGCUCCACUGCCCAAGUCCCUUAACAGGAGACGGUGAUUGUGAAGCGCAGCGGCAGCAACCAACAUUCUGGAUGGAGGGAGUUAGGUGCGGGCGGAGUCGAUCACUUCAAGCAAGCGGUAGAGGACUGCAUGAAUGCGAACAGUGCAUGAUACCCCUGAUAUAGCAAUUUUUUCUCU